GCUCUUUACUGCUCUUGGCAGCCGGGAGAGUAUAUAGGCGGUCAAUGGACAACGCGAGUCCCCUUUCCCCCCAACAUACACCAUGGCGACACAGACUGCAGUGAGGAAGCAGCCGUCUAUCGCAGAAUGCGACGCGAUGUUUAUUCGGCCGGGGACCAUCUUUGAGAUGGGCCCGGAGAUGAUUAACGGGCGCGAGUACCGCGUAUGGAAGCAGGGGCACCGUAUGGUACGGCCCUACCUCAUCGACCGAAUGAACAAGUGGGAAGCGCGCGUGUUUAUCAACGCUCCCCGCGACGAGCCGUAUCCUAAGGACGAGCGAUUCGAUUACACAUUCGGGCAGAUCCACGCGCGCGCGCUUCAGGUUGCGGCGUGGCUGCGGGAGACGCACGGCGCUGGCGUUGGUACGCGCGUUGGCAUCUUGGGCUUCAACAGCGCCGAAUGGGCGGUCGUUUGGGUUGCAACGCAUUUGCUUGGCGCUGUCCCAACGAUCAUUAACAGCUGGGUACAGCCCGACGCGCUGGUCCACUGCCUCAAGCUAUCAAACCCUGUGUUGGUGCUCGCGGACUCGAAGAGCGCGGACGCCGUCGCCCCUUAUAGCGAGGAUCUGCGAGCCGCGGGCGUGGGACCCAUCUUGGCAUGGAGCACAAUGGAGCACCUGAAGCACAAGGACCACCCUACCAUCGACCUAUGGACAAUCUCCGCUUCCAAGGAGGCGGUGAUCGCAGUGGCGACCGGCCAGGACACGGCAGACCUUACGCCGCAGAGCCUCGGCUCCAUCUUCUUCACCUCGGGCACCACUGGCUUGCCCAAGGGCGUGCCCAUGACCCAGCAGGGUCUGCUGCACAACCUUAAGUGCGGGCAGAGCAUGAUUGUGCGUGCAGCGCUGCGUGCCGGUGCGCCUCUUGACAUGGCGAUGGCCCUCGCCACCGCUGAGAACCCGGAGCAGUCCCGCGCGCUGCACGCCGUUCCUAUGUUCCACGUUACGGGCUGCGGAGGCUUCCUGGCGUCGUUCAAUGACGGCAAGAAAAUGCAUUUCAUGCGGCGGUGGAGCGCCAAGGACGCGGUCGACCUGCUUGUCAAGUACAACAUCAACCAGAUUUCAGGUGUGCCCGCGAUCUCGAGCGCGAUCCUGCAGCACCCGGACCUGCCGGCAGACCACCAGCUCAACGCGGCGAUGUAUGGUGGCGCGGCGCCGCCCGAGCGGCUCGGCGCAGACAUGAAGAAGCGUUGGCCCGACCUCGUGCUCAACCACGCGUGGGGCAUGACCGAGUGCCAGGGCCUGAUCACGUCCUUCAUCGGGCCAGACUAUCUCGAGCGGCCGAAGAGCUGCGGGCCCCCAAUACCCUCCAACGACGUGCGCGUCGUAAAGGUCGCCACGCGCCGCGUCCUCGGGCCCAACGAGGUGGGCUGCCUCGAGGUCCGCGGCUUCAACGUCCUCUCGGGAUACCUCGACGAUCCCGGGGCCACGGCCAAGGCGAUCGACAAGGACGGGUGGUUGGACACGGGCGACGCAGGAUACAUUGACGAGGACGGGUUCGUGUACGUCUCGGACCGGAUCAAGGACAUUAUCAUCCGUGGCGGCGAGAACAUUGCCAGUGAGGAGGUCGAAAAUGCCGUCUACCUCGACGACCGCGUAGCAGAGGCUGCCAGCGUGCCCGUGCCGGACGACCUGCUGGGCGAGCUCGUCGCUGUCGCCGUCAGCCUCAAGCCAGGCGCCAAGGCGACCCCCGAGGACAUCAUUGCCGCUGUUGCUCCAAGACUACGCCGCGAGGCCCGUCCCGCCUUUGUUUGGGUGUCGAACGACCUCCUCCCCAUGAAUGCGAACGGCAAGUACCUCAAGUCGGAGAUCAAGAAGACUGUGCAGGCGCUGUACAAGCAGCACAAGGCGCGCGAGGCGAAGCUCUAGAAUGUCUUGGGAUCUGGGUCUCAGAAGUAUGC